AUGGCCUCUGACCCUACGGCGGUGGCUUUGCAGCUGGUGGCAGCCGUCACGGCGGCACGACGCACCGGGAUGGUGCCUGUCGUUGGCCUCCUUUCGGCGGACCAGGUGGCAGAUUUGAACGAUCUGACGACGACAGCUAACCUGGUCCAGCAGGGGAUUGCUGAGGCGGCGGCGGCGGCAGAGGAGGUGCAGAGCUUUGCCCCGAUGGUGGCGGGAGGCGUCGGCGGAGGAUCGACGAUGCCGUCCGGGGCCCAGACACCAGCAUCGACGGUGGGGGUGGCCCCUCCUGACUUGGCCUUGAGCUCGACGCCUACGACGCCGAAGAAGGCCCCCCCACCGGUGCCCAAGGAUGUGGAGGCGGCGACCCCUGCACGGCGUCCUGUGAUGAAGGCGCCUCCCCAAGUUCCCGCCACGACGUGGCGAGUGACGCCCUUGGACCAAUUGCCGCGGAAGGCGGCGCCUACAUCGACGACUACCUCGGGGACAUCGACGCCAGCCCAUGUGCAGGUGAAGCCUAUGCCUCAACGACGUCUUCCGACAUCGCCUCGGGCGACAGCGGCGCCCUCGACGCCUGCAGCACCGAUGGCGCCCAUGCCCUCCGCUCCCCCGACGCCUGCUCAGAACACCGGGGGCGAGACGCCGGCGGACUACUUUGCCACUCCUGCAGCCAAGGCUCGUGCGGCGGCUCGGCUUGCGGCUGGGGCGGACCCGUUCGACGCCACACUGUCGAUGAUCGAGCGCUUCGGCGAGAUCCGGGCGGCGCUCAAUGUCCAGACCGAGGCGAUGGCGGCGGUGGCUCCCUCGACGGCUUCUACGAGACCGACGUCACCCAAGGCGCAGGGGAAGGCACCACCCGAGGCGCUCAUGCCCCCGACGACGCUCAUGGCACCAGAGCCGACGCCCGCGGCAGACCACCAGUACAUCGACCCGGACCUUGGGAUCCCGGCGGUCACGACGGUGGUUGCCGACACCUUCUUGGACACCCCUCUGGAGCCGACGGUGUCGGCGCAGGAUUUCUUGGGCCCGGCGCCACCACCGCGGCCCUUCUUCAACUUGACCACGGCCUCGACGACGAGAUCUCCGACGCCUCCGUCACCGAGGGUGGACCCGCCUGCGGCGGCUUCGGCCAGCGAUUUCUUGGGGGCGGCGUCGGCGGGAGUCCCCGCGCCAGGGCCCAUGACGACGGUGCCGGAGGAGGAUCGGCCAGAGCCCUGGGAGAUGCCUUCGACGCAGCGGCGCUCAGUGUUCCCCCCGGUCACGGCGGAGGGAACAGGGGGCAGGAACAUGAGGGCACCGAGCGCGGCGCAUCGGCGCGGCUCCGUGGGGCCCUCGCCCGGCCAAAGGGCGCAAUGGCGCCGCGACGCUCGGUCCCAAGACGAGCGGCGCCAGUACGGCGCGUAUGACAGUCGACGUUGGGGUGGUGCCGAGCCGUGGACGGCGGAGCAGGUGGACAUCCCGGCGGAGUACUACCCCUACAAGGUGUCCAUGGAACGGCGGGGGGCUUCGGCGCUCGGCGAGGUUGUCCCCAGCUCCCUUCGCCACUUGGCCUGCGACGACCUGGCGGCGGUGCGCCAAAAGGAGCAGGCGGCGCAGUGGCCUGAGACGGCGCCGCGGGGGGCACAGACCGAGACCGAUUACUAUUUCAUUCGGCGGUUGCCCCAAGGAGUUGCCGGCGCUCGAAUUACGGUGCAGCACUCCAAAGAACAGCGGCGCUUGGUGGGAUGGUGCGCCCACCCGUGCCAGCAGCCCCGCGGCGACGACAACCGCUGCGACGGAGAAGGCAGGUCGGCGCUAAGCCUUGCACCUCCCGACGAAGCGGAGAGGCUUCCUUUUGGCAUUUUGCCACGACGGCCCCGCUUCCAAGAUCCGCGGGUGUUCGACGGUUUGUCGACGCCUUGCACAUACGACGACGCGACCGCUGCAGACAUGGCUCAAGACGCGUCGGCGCCACAGCCGGGCACCUUCGCAGCUUUCCUGGCCGAGGUAGCCGCGGCCGGCGGUCAGGCGCAUAUGCAGGUAUUCGCCGAGCUCGGCGUCACCUCCCGAGCUCUCGUGGGACCGGCCGGCCCGGCACUGGCGGCAGCGGGGGUCCCCGAGCAGGUGAUCUUGGAAUUGGUGCGGCCGGCGCUGACCGGGCCGGCACCGUCGGCAUUGGUGCCGCGACGGGCCGACCUGCCCUACCGCAGGCCUGUGGCGAAGGCUUCCCUCCAGGCGUCCCUCCAGGCGGCGGCCCCGCAGAACAUUCAGCAGGCGGUGGACGCGCUUGAGGCCAAUGUGGUGGCGGCGUCCACCAGGCGUGCCCUGGACUCCAGGAUCAAGUUCUGGCUCAAGCUCGCGGCGACCAACGGCGUCGAGCCGUGGCCACUGACUCCCUGGAAACUUAAGGUCCUGGCGGCGUGCCUCCGGGAAGGGGGCUACCGCUCCGCCCAGCUCUACAUCGACGCGGUGCUUUGGCACCAAGAGCAUGUGCUGCAGACCGAGGUGCCGACGGGCAUGAGGAAGGAGGCUCGGCGCCUGGCCAAAGCGGCGGUGCGGGGCAUGCCCGGGACCAGGCUCAAGCAGGCCUUUGAUCUCGGCGUGUUGGCUGCGGUGGUCAGGUUCGGGCCGGCCGACGGCCCCUUGGACUGCCGACGGCCCCACCAUGCCGUCGACGUGGUGAUCGUGGCUUCCUGGUUCAUGCUCCGGGAGUCGGAGCUGGCCGGCGCCCGGGUCCGUGACAUCACACUCUCGGCCGCGGUGACCAAGGCGGCGUCGGUGGAGAUGUUCGGCCUAGUCCUCGGCACGGCCGGCGUGGAGACGCAUCACACCACACCCGACGGCCGGUCCCUUCCCAUCUUCGGGGGGCACUCGGCGAGGGUGGCAGGCGCCACGUUCUUGGCGGCGAGAGGAGUUGCUGUCGCAGUCAUCCAGCUGCUGGGGCGGUGGUCGAGCUCGGCGGUGGAACGCUACACUCAGUCGGCCCCUCUGACAUAUGCGGCGGCGGCGGUCCCGGCACAGGCCCUAGCCACGACGCCGGUAGACCAGCCGACCGCGAAGGCGCAGCCAGCAGCCCCCCAGUACCCGGCGAUUGCCGACGUGGACAGGGAGAGCAGCUGGGAGGUGGUCGCCCCCCCCGACGCUCAGUCGGAAGAGGAUGGGCUGGCCGGCGUGGCCUUCGUGCCGGCGCCCCUCCGAGCCGAGGCCGUGGCCAACAUCGUCGGCGAAGCCCCGACGGUCUACAUCAUGAACUCCCGCACCAGGGUGGUCCACCUUCCUGGUCCCGACGAAGCGGGCCUGGAGCGACAUGAGUGGGCGGCGAGCCUUCUGGCCUACGCCAGUUCUUUAGACUGUCGGCGGAGCCCCCGGAACCCCGGCGAUGCCAGCGGUGUUUCCCGGUAG